CACCGCUAGCGCAACGAUAACAAUAUCAAACGAAGCGGCAGGAUUUUUUAAAAGAGUUGCGCCAUUUAGCCUUUUCAAAUUUAAUAAAAUUUUACCAAGUGACUUUUUGGAAUUCAGUAAAAUAAUUCUCGUUUAUACAUAUUUUAUGUCAAGCAAAUUCAUUGAUUCGCAGACUGAUGAGGAAAGUAAUUUUGGUAAGCAUGUUGGGGAUUAUUGCGUUAUAUGCGCUAUUUUUAUUGGAUGAAGAAAAUGAAAAAAGGGAAAGCAGAACCCGCAGGGCGAGAAAUGCCCGCAGGCAAAGACUAGCAUGUUUGCGCAUCCGAGAAGACCCGUUUCAAAUGGAAGAAAGUACUUUCCGGCGGUACUUUCGGCUUCCAAAGACAUUAUGUUGGGACAUUGUCCAGGAGUUGAAGCCGUAUGAUAAACGCACAAGUAAAUAUGGAAUUCCAUUCGAACUUCUGUUCCUUUCAGCAUUACAUUACCUUGUUAAUGCGUCAUAUAGAAGAUGGGUAGGAAAUAGUCCUUUUUCAGCCACAAAUCGCCUUGGCGUUCUACGUGAUAUAAACUACAUAUGCAGACUUGUAGUUAAACACAAACAUGAGGAGAUAAGCUUUCCCAAAAGUACCGAUGAAUACGACAGCAUUAAGAAAGGGUUCCAUACAAAAUUCGGAAUCGAAGGCGUUAUUGGUGCCAUUGCCUGCACUCAUGUUGCCAUAAAAACACCAGCAUCGUCAGUUGCACAUCAAUACAAGGAUGAUAGGGGAAACUAUAGCAUUGUGGUUGAAGCGAUAUGCGACGAUGAACUCAUCAUACGCCACAUAAAUACCCGAUUUCCCGGCUCUUGCCUCGGUUGCGAGGUAUGGACAGCUUCACCACCCAGAAUAAAACUCAUUAAUGAACAUACUUCUGGUGAAACUAAAUGGCUUUUGGGUGAUUCUGAGUACCCAUUAGAGCCAUGGCUUCUAACGCCUAUACUAGACGCUAAAACAGAGAACGAAGAGCUUUACAAUACGUUGCACUUAGAGGCUAUAUACACUAUUAGCAAAACUUUUGCCACACUGAGAUCACACUUUCGCUGUUUAUCUACAGGACGUGUUCUUUGGUACGACCAUAAGGAUGCUGCGCAGUUGGUAUACGCGUGCGCAAUAUUUCAUAAUGUAUUGCAAAAAUGUGGCAUUUAUAAAAAUGAUUACGUUGACGUGACGACUAAUGAUGCUACUAUUGAGGAAAUAUGCUCAAACGACUCAAUAGAAUGGGACUAUUACGACGAAGGUAAAAAGACACGCGAAAGUUACCUAAACAAGUUAACUCUGAAAUAAAAUGGAGGAAGAAUUUACAACUUUUACUUACAUAUAUAAUCUACUUUUUGUUUUCAUGUAGCUUCUUAUUUUAUUAUUUGCCAUGAAUAUGCAUAUUUGUUUUUUUAUUGAUUUCUUUUUCAUAAUAGGGAUUUUUAAAUAUAUUAAAUGGAAUCCAAUGUAGUACCUUACUUUAUUAUUUGCCAUGAAUGUUAAUAUUUAU